AAAUGUUAGUUAACAGCCAUUUUAUAUUGAACUUUGCCGUCGUGUCCAAAAUUUCCUAAAUUAUAAAAGUUUUUCUUUAUUAUUUAUAAUUUAUACACUAAAUAAGCAAACAAAAAUGGGCCUGUUUUAUGCGCUGCAGUUAAGAAUCAUGAAUUUCAUGAUAUUCUUCUUGAUAAUUAUCCUUCUGCCCGGUCUACCACCCCGCACGACAUUCCCCUACAAAGAUUACAUUGUAAGUGAGCCCAAAGAACUGAAGGGGGCUCUGGAGCCGAACUUUCACCUGGACGAGGCGGAGCGUCUGCUGGAAGGGCGUGUCUAUGGUCCAGAGUGUCUGAUAGCUCGCAAUAAUGAGAUCUAUACCGGUAUCCAUGGCGGUGAGGUCAUCAAGCUAACGGCAAAUCAUGUUACCCAUGUCACAAAGAUUGGUCAGCCCUGCGAGGCCAUCUAUGAGGAGUCGAGAUGUGGACGCCCGCUGGGCCUGGCAUUCGAUACAUUGGGCAAUAACCUGAUUGUUGCCGAUGGUUAUUAUGGCAUUUGGCAAGUUGAUCUGUCCACGCAUAAGAAAACUUUGCUCGUCUCGCCGGCUCAGGAGUUGCCGGGCAAGCAAAUUAAUCGUCCAGGCAAGACAUUUAACUCUGUGGCUGUGGACAAGAAGGGUGAUAUCUACUGGACAGAUUCCACAUCUGAUUUCACCAUACAAGAUCUGGUCUUUGCCUCAUUUGCCAAUCCAUCGGGUCGUCUCUUCAAGUACAAUCGUUCGAAGAACGUUAGCGAGGUUCUAUUAGACGAAUUGGUCUUUGCCAAUGGUGUGGCUCUCAGUCCCAAUGAGGACUUUGUUGUGGUGGCCGAAACAGGAGCUAUGCGUUUAACUAAAUACCAUUUGAAGGGACCCAAUGCCGGACAGAGUGAAGUCUUUGUCGAUGGUUUGCCGGGUAAUCCCGAUAAUUUGACACCCGACGCCGAAGGCCUGUGGGUUCCCAUUGUGUCUGCCGCCGAUAGCGAGCAUCCGAAUGGCUUUGCGUUGUUCGCCCGCUUCCCCACCAUACGUCUAUUCCUGGCUCGCAUGUUGGCCCUGUUUGAGCUGCCUUUCCGCUACCUAAACAGUGUCUAUCCGAAUAAAUUCGCAGAGCGUUUCAUCCAUUUUGUGGGUCAUGGCGAAAGUAUUAUGCUCCUGGCUCCCAAACGUACUACUGUGGUGCGUGUCGACUGGAAUGGCAACAUUGUUGGCUCUCUGCAUGGUUUUGAUAAGUCUGUGGGAGGUGUGUCACAUGUCCUGGAAUAUCAAGAUUACUUGUAUUUGGGUUCACCCUUUAAUCAUUAUUUGGCUCGUGUGAAAUCCCCAAAGGCCAAGCAGCCCACAGUGAAAGUGCGUAAUGUUCGUGUUGAGGGUGAUGGAUUGGAGGCGUCUGUGGGCAAGCCACCAGUAGCUGCUACAACAACUACAACUGCCAAGCCAAAGGCUGCGCCCACAACCACAACAACAACUACUACGACAACUACACCCAAACCAACGACAACAACAACUACACCUAAACCCACUACAACAACAACUCCCAAGCCAACAACUACCACACCAAAACCCACUACAACAACAACAACUGCCAAGCCUGCUAAAACAACAACAACCACACCUAAGCCAACAACAACAACGACAACAACCAAACGUCCAAUUCCAACAAAACCGGCGCCCGUCAAGGAAGACAUUCCCAAAGAUACUCAGCCGCCAAAGAAGGAGAAACUAAAGGUCAUCAAUAAACAAGGCGAUCAUGUGGAACUCUAAACUCAAACACAACGAAACACAACGACCAUUCCCAUACCCUGUUCAAAAGAAAAACCCAAAACACGGGAAAAUGGAAUGGAAAA